AUGCACGGCCGCCAUUUCGGGACUUCCACGUCAGGUACUCUCACAGUCAUUGGUCAGGUACUCUCACAGGUCCAGGCCGCUUACUCUCACCGUCAGUGGUUAGGUAAUUCUAAGUCAUCCAUUCUUCGCAGUUGGUCAUUGGUCAGAUACCCUCAGAGUUGGUUAUUAGUCAGAUACUCUCGAGGUUGGUCAUUGGUCAGAUACCCUCACAGUUGGUCAUUAGUCAGAUACUUUCGAGGUUGGCCAUUGGUCAGAUUCCCUCGCAGCUGGUCAUUGCUCAGAUACCCUCAGAGUUGGUCAUUAGUCAGAUACUCUCGAGGUUGGUCAUUGGUCAGAUACCCUCACAGUUGGUCAUUGGUCAGAUACCCUCGCAGUUGGUCAUUGGUCAGAUACCCUCACAGUUGGUCAUUGGUCAGAUACCCUCGCAGUUAGUCAUUGGUCAGAUACUUUUGCAGUUGGUCAUUGGUCAGAUACCCUCGCAGUUGGUCAUUGGUCAGAUACCCUCGCAGUUGGCCAUUGGUCAGAUACCCUCACAGUUGGUCAUUGGUCAGAUACCCUCGCAGUUGGUCAUUGGUCAGAUACCCUCGCAGUUGGUCAUUGGUCAGAUACCCUCGCAGUUGGUCAUUAGUCAGAUACUUUCGAGGUUGGUCAUUGGUCAGAUUCCCUCGCAGUUGGUCAUUGGUCAGAUACCCUCAGAGUUGGUUAUUAGUCAGAUACUCUCGAGGUUGGUCAUUGGUCAGAUACCCUCACAGUUGGUCAUUGGUCAGAUACCCUCGCAGUUGGUCAUUGGUCAGAUACCCUCACAGUUGGUCAUUGGUCAGAUACCCUCACAGUUGGUCAUUGGUCAGAUACCCUCGCAGUUGGUCAUUGGUCAGAUACCCUCGCAGUUGGUCAUUAGUCAGAUACUCUCGAGGUUGGUCAUUGGUCAGAUACCCUCACAGUUGGUCAUUGGUCAGAUACCCUCACACUUGGUCAUUGGUCAGAUACCCUCACACUUGGUCAUUGGUCAGAUACCCUCGCAGUUGGUCAUUAGUCAGAUACCCUCGCAGUUGGUCAUUGGUCAGAUUCCCUCGCAGGUGGUCAUUGGUCAGAUACCCUCGCAGUUGGUCAUUGGUCAGAUACCCUCGCAGGUGGUCAUUGGUCAGAUACCCUCACACUUGGUCAUUGGUCAGAUACCCUCGCAGUUGGUCAUUGGUCAGAUACCCUCGCAGUUGGUCAUUGGUCAGAUACCCUCGCAGUUGGUCAAUGUGCAGGUGCUCUCACAGUCUCAUGUCACGGUUAUGAAAUGCUAG